AUGGAAAUCGCGAAACAGGACCAAAAUGUGAAAAAUAACGAAAACAGUGAAAAUGAUGGAAGUGGUGAGCAAGUUGAAAAUGCUGGAAAUUACAAAGUUUAUAGUGAAAUGGACAGAAAUAGUGAAAAUGAUGAGGAUGGAAAAAGUGAGAACGACAAGGAUGGUGGAAAUGACGAAGAUUGUAAAAAUUACGGAAAUGGUGAAUAUGAUGGAAAUGGUGGAAAGGUCGAAAAUUGUGAAUAUGAUGGAAAAAGUAAUAAUGAUGAGAAUGUUGAGAAUGAUGAAGAAAGUGUCGGAAAUUACGAAAAUGAUGAAAUUGCUGAGAAUUAUAAAUAUGUUGUAAAUAGUGAAAAUAGUGAAAAGGUCGAAAAUGUUGAAUUCAAUGAAAAUGGUUGGAACGAUGAGAAGGUCGGAACUGUGAAAAAUAAUGAAAAAAGUGAAGAUUAUAACAUUGGUGAGAAUGAUGACAGUAGUGAAGAGAAUGGGAAACGUAAAAGCAAAGAGGAUAGUGGAAAUGACGAAGAUGAUAAAAAUGACGAAAAUAUUGAAAAUGACGAAGAUGGUCAAAAGGUCACAAAUGUCGAAAAUGAUGGAACUAGUAAUGAUUAUGAAAAUGGUGGUAAUGAUGAAAAACGUGUGGAUGACGAUAUUGUCGGAAAGGUCCAGGAUGUUAGAAAUGACGGAAUUGGUGAAAACGAGGAAAUGGUUUGA